AGGUAAAGCCCUAAUUUAUAUGGGGAUUAGGUAAUUGAGUGGUUACCCAACUCCUUGAGUAGGAGGAAACAAAUUUUAUAGCGAGGAAGAAGGAAGGGGAGAAAAUGGCACUGGACGGUAGCGGCAAUGGAGAUGACUUCUCUGUAGGAUCUUUCUUCUCCAUUAAGACCACCUUAGGAGAUGAAUUUCAAGGACAAGUCAUUACCUUUGACCGCCCCUCCAACAUCCUCGUCCUUCAUAUCCUUUCUCCAUUUCUAAUUUUUCUUUUUGUCUUUCUUUUUUUCUUGAAUUCCUUGACUGUCUCUUUCUUCUGUUGUUAUUUUUGUGAUUUGAUACAGGAGGGUUCUAAGCCAGGACCUCGUAGGAACAUAAGGCUGCUGAAGGCCAAUUAUAUUAAGGAAUUUUCGUUUUUGGGACAUGGCGAAGAUCCUCUUGAUCUCAAAAACUGUUACCUCGAUCUCAAUACUCUCCGUGCCCGAGAAGAACUAGCUAUUAGGCAAGCUGAGGCCGAAGCGGAGAGGAUAGGAGUGGGUGUCACUAGCGAGGCUCAAAGUAUUUUUGAUGCCCUAUCUAAAACGCUUCCUGUUCGUUGGGACAAGACUGUCAUAGUUGUAAUGAAUGAAGUACGUGUUAACAGUCCUUACCUACCAGACUCUGUUUCCGGAGGCACCCCUGCUGCCAAUGAGCGUGUGAAGAAAGUGCUUGAAUUGGAGAGGAAGCGAUUACAAGUUCGUGGUGGUCAGUGAUGGUUAUUCAUCCCUAUCCUUCUUUUCUGGGUGACAAGCUAAUUGAGCUAAGGUAUAACCCCGGCAUCUCAGUGUCAGCAAUCCCAAGGAAUUUGGUGUUUGAGUGGUAACCUAGUUGAAUUUUGGUGUUUGAGUGGUAACCUAGUUGAAUUUAGUGUUGCCAAAGUUUUUUUUGUUUAUUAGUUUAUGUAGUUGAUUUUCUCCCGUUUAUGGACUGCACUGCAUUGGACAAACUUUUUGGGUCCAUAUUUAAAGUUUCCCAGAUUUGCUCUAUUGCAAGUAUGAAACCUGAACAAAUUCAAAUGUAAUAACUGUCCUUAUUUCA